AGAAACAGAGAAAGAAAGAGUGAAAGAGAGAGAGAGAGAGAGAGAGAGUACGAAAUCGAGCAUUUCAGAGCGUUCAGAAUUACGUGAAUCUUUGUGCGAAAAAAAGAAAGUUCAACAUGUCAAUCGAAUACGUUCAGGUGGCUGAAGAGGAAGGUGAAGAGACAAUUGAAUUGCCAAUCGAAAAAGAUGGAACGUUGUUGCUAUCAACGCUACAGGGUCAAUUUCCAGGCACAUCUUGUUUGAAGUACCGAAACUCUGUUAGCAAUGCCAUUCGGGGUAUUCGCUUAACGGAAGGACGACUUUAUCCUCCAAGUGAAGAUGGUUGGGGGAAUCAAGUCUAUUUAUGUGCAUUUCCAAAAAAUAAAAAUAGAGAGCUGCCCUCACUACCACCAACUGCACCACCAGUAACUGCAUCCUCCGAAACAUGGUGUGGCCGAAUCAUAGGUUUUUUCAUUCCGAACUCCCGGUUUCAUCAGAAAAAAGAUUAAAUCCUUGUGCACUGUCAAUGGCAAUGGAAAAUAUUUUACUACUUAUUUACAUACCAUUACAUACAA